AUGAAUGACUUUGUCACGAGUCCAGAACGCCCAAAACGGCACCUCUUAUCAUUGCCGGCGGAGAUCCGGAUCCUGAUUUAUAAGGCGGUGUUCGAUAACGAGGUCUGCGAAAUCCGACGCACACCGAUUCCCGUGUGGUGCCCCGUCGAUAACUGCUGGCGCAUGGCUCGACGACAGUUUAUGGCAGACCAGAAUAAUCGGAAUAGCUGGGACGGGCUCUGCACCCAUCCCGGAUGCCAGUCAACCCAAGGGCAAGCCAUCAGUCGCGACAUUUACGUCGGCCACGGCCCACUCAUAGCGUCCGGGCACUAUCCUUGCCCCCUGUCGCUACAAAGAAACCCGUCGCUUAGUCUCGGCUUCCUUCGCACCUGCCGCCAGGUAUAUGAGGAGGCAAGAGAAUUGCCUUACCGGCAAACCACCUUUUUCACCCAGGAACUGGCCACUUUUGCCAACUUCACUUACUGCUUGAAAACAUGGCAGGUCGCGUCCAUAUCCCAUCUUCAAAUCCGGAUUCCCUUAGUACAGAGCGUGGAGACACACCUGCCUGAAUGGAAUGAGACCUUCUCUUUGCUCAGCCUAGCCUUCUGCGGCUUAUCCAGCAUCUCUGUCGAGAUUUACUUUCGCUAUGCCGAACAGACCUGGAGAGAUACGUUCUGGGAUGGGGGGCUUCUCGAAUUGGACCGCCUGAAUUUAAAGGGCAUGCGACUGGCUAUUUACCAGGGAGAAACGAACCCCCAAUCAUUUUUCGACUACUCAGCUGGAACGUUAGAAUCCAAGCCAGAGAAUCAGACGACUUCACUUCCUAACCCCAUCAGCUUCCAUCAUGCCCGGGAUACUCUUCGACAACGUGAUAGAUCGCGCAUUGACCCCAACGAUACCGGGCGUAUCUUUUUCCGUCUGUCACCCAACGACUUCCCUCUAUAUGUGUGCAACCUCAUCCACCUGCUUCCGCAGCGGAACCGCACUGAUGCGGAGAUCCGGCGCCAGGAUAGGCGCCAACGAGAGUACAUUUAUCAUUAUGCCUACGCCGAGGAUGACUCCGACCACUCGUACCCAAUUUUUGGUUUCCAAUUCAACGACAACCUCAAGGCAAACAAAGAGGAGAUUGCACGAGGACUUGAGAAGCUGCAGCGAUCCCGCCAACGAUUGCAGCAACAGAGAGCCGGCUCCCCACUACCUUUCAGGCCUAGUCGGAGGGGUGUUUAUCCACAGAGCCGAAGGAACAGCCUGGACUAUCAACCUGACAACAGUGAUGCUUGGGAGGACGCGGAACGUCCCGGAGACUGGAGGCGUCGCUUGGUCCAGGAGGCCUUUGCGCCAUUUAUGGAAUCGUUCCCAUUUUCUGCAACCACGAAAUAUCCGGGACCCCCGAGUACUUGCUUGAACUGCCCCAGAGAGGGCAACUUGACACAGCAAUCUUCUGGAAUAGAUAUUGAGAAAUAG